AUGCAGUCAAAGGUUCGAUUGGUUGGAUCCAAUAGGCGCCCGCUGCCACCGAACGAUGUUCAACUGUUAGUUACCGGUGCUGAGGCGAGGGUGUUGGCACAGGUUGUCACUAAAGGCGGGUCUUCUAAACCAAGGUUUGCUCAAAAUAUCUCAUGGGAUUUUCGCGAGGCAAUUGUCCCUCCACUACCCUUUGACUUAGAUGUGAACGUCUGCGAACAUUUCCAGAGCAGGGAGCGCAGAUAUUUUGCAAAGCUGCGUGUUGUCCUUCGCGGUCGAUAUACGAAACAUAGUUUCCACAGCUUUGGCGGCCUGCAGUGA